GACUAGUUCUAUGUCAACGCGUAUAACGGACUUCUAUGCCAUCUAGAAUGUCGAACGAAUUGUCAUGAGGACGUCUUGUGUUUGUGUCCAUUGGUCUGACCAUGACUGCGCUUAACGAAGAUGACGUCAUUUCACGCCGAACUCAAACGCCAAGGCUGCUGUGAAGAAAGGUCAAGAAUCGAUUCGUCGCCAGUGGACACCUUUUGAUUUACGACGAAUAACAAGAAGUCAUUUUUAUGCAUUUGUGGAUUGAACGAACGCUACACCGUGAACGACGACGACGCUGUGGAAUCCCUGGAUACGAUUGCACGAGAAAUGCGAAUAUGUGGUGUUUUAUCCGACGAGGCUAGUAAGCGUUAGCUACCUAGCUCGCUAUGGACUGCAUGUUAUUGUUUGGUGGUGGUGGUCGUCGCCUCGUUUCUCCCACGAUCCACGAAGCCUUUAGAAAAAUAUUUCAAUUUGGGAGCUGUCUCUCAUUUCAAUGAUCAGGCGAGGCGUUUUCCGGUGUUGUUUUGCAGAUCGACUUAAUCAGACACCCGCGUGCGGUCAUCGAACACAGUAAAAACGAAGUACGUACAAAUGGGUACAAAAGAUUCAAAAUAUGGCCAAAAGUGAAGGGUAGGGUGUAAGCAUUCAUUGAAAAGCACAAAGAAAACGACCUCGUUCUGCUUGGCACAGAAGCAAAUGUAACAAUCCAAACUGCAGCUGGAUUUGCUCUUUCUGUGUCCUUAUCCUAUCCUGGACAUUUUCUUGAGAUUUAGGAUUUACGGUUUCAUGUUUUGUGUCCUGAUGCUUUCUGGGGCCUUGUCGGGGCUGCUUUGUUCGCUUAUCCUUCGAGCCGGUUCUGAUGAGUGGUCCUUCUGCUCAACCCUGGAAAAAUGGAUGAAAAGUCCAGCAGCCACCACAGAUUUCUGGUGGUCCUGCUCAUGGCAUUGAUCUUCGGCAUUAUCAUGAUCCAGUAUGUUUGUCCGAGCCGUACAGAGUGCCAGAUGCUCCACCAGCUGGGGUCUUGGCUUCACACCACCACGGAUUCCCAAAACGGUGGUGAUGGUGACAUCCAAGGGAAACGGGAUCCGUACAUCGCAGAGGACGGCGCUUUGAUGCGCUUUAUACCCCGCUUCAACUUCACCAAGGCGGACCUCAACCGUGCCGUGGACUUCAACAUAAAGGGAGAUGAUGUCAUAGUGUUCUUGCACAUCCAGAAGACGGGCGGCACCACGUUCGGCCGACACCUGGUGCGUAACAUUCAGCUGGAGAGGCCGUGCGAGUGCCACGCUGGCCAGAAGAAGUGCACUUGCUACCGACCAGGCAAGAAAGAGACGUGGCUCUUCUCCAGGUUUUCCACCGGCUGGAGCUGUGGCCUCCAUGCUGACUGGACAGAGCUGACGCGCUGCGUCCCGUCGCGGAUGGACUCUCGCGAGGCACCCAAGACCGUGCAGAGGCGGAAUUAUUACUACAUCACCAUCCUGAGAGACCCGGUAUCACGCUACCUGAGCGAGUGGCGUCACGUCCAGCGGGGUGCCACCUGGAAGGCCUCCCUCCACGUGUGCGACGGCCGCUCGCCGACGUCGUCCGAGCUGCCCAGCUGCUACCCGGGCGACGACUGGUCGGGCUGCUCCCUGCAGGAGUUCACCGACUGCCCUUACAACCUAGCCAACAACCGGCAGACGCGCAUGCUGGCCGACCUGAGCCUGGUGGGCUGCUACAACGUCUCGGCCAUGAGCGAGGACGAGCGCUGGGCCGUGCUCCUGGAAAGCGCCAAGCGCAACCUGCGCGGCAUGGCCUUCUACGGCCUUACCGAAUACCAACGCAAAACCCAGUACCUCUUCGAACGCACCUUCGAUUUGGCCUUCAUCGCUCCCUUCACGCAACUUAAUGGCACGCGGGCCUCCGGCGUGGACGUCCCUGCCGAGACUCAGUGGCGAAUUCGCCAGCUCAACCGCUGGGACGUGGAACUAUAUGAGUACGCCAGAGAUCUCUUUCUGCAGCGUUUCCAGUUUGCACGGCAGCGGGAGCGCAGGCAGGCCAGGGAAAGGCGGCAGCAGGAGCGACGGAGGCUCCGAGGAAGGUUUACCACGAAGCAAGCACGCCAACCCAAAACGACACGGGGUCCCCCUGCGAUCGAGAAUCACCCGGAAGAACAAGCUGAGGAAGACGAGAGUGUGGAUUCUGAUGGGCUCCUCCCAGACUGGUGGGAAAUGGAUGAGAGCGGCACCAUGGAGGACUACAUGGACAAUGUGGAGCAGUGGAAAUAAUGUUUUCCUUUAAUUCCAUCACACUACAAUGAAUGCCUUACUCUGUGGAGCCGAAGAAAUGAACUUCAAGCAAACAAAACCAGUGACCUCUACAGAAUUUUUCUGUUAUUUAUAAUUGUAAAUGUCAUUAGUCCUUAAAAUAAGUGUCCUAUGAUUUUCACUUGCUGUAAUUUGUUUACACUACCACACAGUUCAUUUUGAAUGCAUUUUUUUUAGGUUGUUGGCCAUGAACCACAGUAUGCAAAUUACUGAAUAAUGUAGUCGGAAUUCACGUCUUUGUUUUCAUGUUUUAUUCAGUUGCUUUUGGCUUAAUCUCCUAAACAUCCAUAGAGUGUACUACUACUACUGCUACUACUACAACAACCUUAACUUUAAAUCCUUCAACUAAAAGGCAAUGUUGUAAAAGUGCAGUUUGAAAAAAAAAAAAAAAAGUGAAUUGUAUUUAUUUGGUUGGCGAAAAGAAGAAUAUCGUCCAGUUAUAUGAAGAUUUUGUUUAUAUUGACUGAAAUUGCUUGGAGUUGCCCUUGCCAGGACUACAAUCAUGUUUUGCCUUUCUGUUUAUUUUUUAUUUUUAUGAACAACAUAAUACCUUUAAAAAAAGCAGGCAGUUUAAAAUACGUAGAUGUCAUUCACAUUCUGAAGUUGUCUUCAAUUUAAACUAGCUUUUUGUAACAGACAAAUAGAACAUACCUCAGCUUGUUGCAUAAUUGAUAAUUGCUCAUAAUGAUGUGAAUGUUUCCAUGUAUCUUCUGUUGUCUUAUUUUAAUAUACAAAAGCUAUUUUACAUGCACCUUACUGUAUUGUAAUGUUCUUUACUAUUGUAAGUCUCUAGAAGCACUAACAGCGUGUGCAAUGCUUCUUGUCAUCAAAUACACUAAAACACCCAUAAAUCUUUUUGGGAGAAUAAUCACACUACAUACCAGCUAACGAAAAUGUCUCUAUCUACUUUACUGUUGUAAUAAUGAUUUACGUUAUGGAAAAAUAUGUGCCUGUUCAUUAUGCCAGCAGUUGAACAUUGCAAUAAUUGUUGUCUUUCACUACCAUCGCUGGCAUAGAUGAACAUACAGUAAGACAGUCCACAAUUUGUCAUAAAUAAAUCAUUAUGGUACAAUAUUAAAGUAAUUGGAAUGAUUAAGGUGUUUACACAAUUACAGUGAUGAUAAAUCACAUGAUAGUGAAUAUUUAAUAACCAGGUCCUGAAAUGUUCACUCUAAUUUCUCAACACACAAGUAAUUGUUAAAAAAAAAAAGUCUGUUUAAAAAAUUGUAAACUACAUGCAAAACAGAAGAAGGAUAAAACAAAACAAAGAGCAAGUAAUUUACAAUUUACACGAUGAUGCAUUCAAGGAAGAUUAAAAGUCGGACUUUUCAGACCUCUGACUAGUCAAAGUUGCACCACUCUUGAGGUCAGAACUGGGACAAUCCGAGUUGAAUAAUUCCGAAUUCCCAGCCUCUUAAGCUAGCAAAGUUUAGGCCUCUUCUUGUUUGUUGAAUUUGUCGUGUUUUUCUUCUUCUUUGUUGAAUUUGUCACAUUUUUCUUUCUUUCUUUUACAAACCAUUGAGAGAUGGCUUGAGCAACUAUGCCUUUUAAGCGAACGUUUCAGAAAGCAUUCAAUAAGUUGUAUUGCCUUCAGUGACAAUAAGAAAUCAUAUGUUUCCACCAA